UGUUCAGUGCCUCUGUAUUUGCAGAUGGGGGUGGGAAGGGUGGCUGCUGUGUUAUUCUGCAGGGGGCUCACACUGACUGCAGCUUUACCUGGUGGCUUCUGAGAGCCAUUCUCAAGCCAGACUUUGUACAUGUGACAGCAACUUGUUUCCACCUUCAGUUAUUCAGUCUUCCUUCUGUUUGGAAAUCUGGGAGGCAUGAUCUGAGCUGUCACCAUUGUGACAGUCAUCUUCAGAAAAAUGAUGUGGAAAUGAUGACACCUUUUCUAUCCUGUGGCUCACCUUCCAUUGAAACAGCCAUUGGCAGAGCACAUUAUUUUAAACUUGAAGAAAAGAAACUUAAAGUACCUUUUUACAUAAUAACAAAAAAUUAAUCUUUCAAUUUCAAGCUUCUAUUUUUAAAACUUAGCUUUUGUCUUUCAGGAUCUUGCAAGUUUUAGGUUUUGUUGGCCUGCUACUCCAGAAGACUUUGAGGAAAAACAGAAACUAAAUCUGUCAACCUUGGAAUGUUUAGCCAAAGCAUUAAGUAAAAAGCCCCUUCAUUCCUUAAUGAAAUUGCUUUGACUCCCAUCCUGCAAUAAAUUAAAAGUCAGAGCAGCUUUGUGAAGGUACGAGCCCUUGGUUUGAAGUGGAUGUGUUCACUCUGUCAAGACCUAUGUAGCAGACUGGUGAAAAUUUUGAAAUUUCUGAUCACAUCUCACAUUGAAAUGUAGAUUCCUGACUUCAUUCAGAUUUUCUUUGGGUUGGCUGAAGAACAUACUCCAGUAUCACUACCAAAGAAGCUACAAGUGGGUUUUCUUCUUUUGGAUGCCUGACUUAAAACUUUCUCCUGUUUUGUGAGUGGCUUCAAGCCCAGCUUGUGGAGUUAGAACCUGUGGAAGUUGGUUGUUUGAACAGUUUUAGGCAAAAAUCUGCUCUGAAGUUUCAGAUGUUGUUUGGCCUUUGGUCUGUCUCAGUAACUGGGCAAACACGGGUAAAGUGUUAUCUGGAGGAUGCGUUCUGCUGUUUUACUUCCCAUUGAAAGUGCAGUGUCAUGGUGAAGCCUGAUUGCCUGCUCCCCUCCUAGUAAGUUCCUUUAAAAAGCAGAUAAGUUCUAAGGUACAGCUCAAAAUUCCUUUUUCAUGCUUGUAUGAGUUUAGGAACUUGCAAGACAGUAAAAGAGGUAAGCACUACUGUGAGCAGUACAUGUGCUCAGUGUUCUAUAAAACUAAGUUCAAAACUGAUUUGAGACUUCUGAUACAGUAACAGUAUUAAUGUAUUGCCUCUGGCAUCCUUUUGUAGUCUUGAGAAAUAUUAAAGGGGGGCUGAAAGAGAAAGAGGCUGGAGACCAGACUUUGGUAAAUGACCAGCCAGGCUGUUGCUUUUUCUGGAAUGCCAGGUGUCUCAUGUGAGGGGUUGAGAGAAUUUUAAUUCAUGGGAAUGUAUAAUGAUGAUCUGUAUUGUGAGUAUUACUGUAUUCUGUACUGUUAAAAGCUUUAAAUGUUGUUUUCAAAAAAUACUGUUAGCACCUCUAGAUGUUUGAAACCCUCAGGCUUCUCCAGUUCUUGUGGCAGCUUAAUAGCCUUCAUAUCUUGCAAAGAAUUUCUACCAUUUUGCUGUUUGUCAAAACUAGUGUUUUCUAGCAUUUCUGAGCAUCUAACCUUGUCUUCUUGUAUACUCUCUUAUCUUUUGCUGUAAGACCAGGAAAACAGACAUCACAAGCCUACAGUCUAGAGUUUGUUUCUGAUUUUACAGAGUGGCCUGUAGUCAUACCUUCCAAGAGACCUGCAUUUGCAGUUUCUAACAUACCCAAAUUGGGUUUUUUUCCCUCCAUUUGGUUCUCUAGAUCCAUGCUUCUCUCAUCUCAGUGAAUCCUGUAGUUCUCCUGCAGUCUUGAGUUAAGCUGGUGCAGGUUGAGAUGCCAGUCAAGGCUUGAAACAGAAAUUUCUUAAUGUGUUUCUGGAUGGAAGGUUCUGCUCAUGGGGAUAGGUAGGAUCAGGGGCAGGCUGAGUUACAAAUUUAUUGAGGUAAAAGCAUCACUGGCUUAUGUGAGAGAGUUUUGGGGUGGGGAGGAUUACUAGGAGGGUGAAAUUCUCUGACAGAUUCUUGUUUGACAUGUGAAAGAUCUUUGGAAGAGUGAAAUCUUGUGCUGGUUUUUGGUGAUCCAUAUAUCUCAUUCAAUGAGUUGUGAAAAGCCCACUGAGAUCUUGCUUUGUGGCACCAUGUUGCUGGUUGUUGAUAGCACUGAAUGCCAUGGCCUUCCCUUCCUGAGGGAGAGUUAGAGAUUUUACCAGACUUCAGUACUCUGAACCUAAAUAAAAUUUUUAAAUUUUUUUAAAGCACUCCCUUUUGCUCUUUUAUUGUUGUGGGGUUUUUUUGUUUGUUGGGUUUUUUGUUUGUUUGUUUUUUAAUGCAGUAGCUAGUUAUGACAUGCAGCUGGUUUGGGUCCAUUGUGGUAUUUUCAUGUCAGCAGUUCAGGUGCCUGACAAGCUCUGCUGUCCUUCCUGACAUGGGGGUUGUACCCGAGUCUGUCUGUGUGGUUGGUAUGGGAGAGCUUCAUUCUUGCCCCUGAAAAAGAGUACGUGGGGCUGGAGCCUUCCUCUGCCCCCAUGUUCCUGUGCAGAGGACUGACAUUUUGGCAGCUAUCCCAGUUACAUCUCUGGAAGUGGUGUAGCUCUUCCAGCUGCCUCAGCUGCUGCUUAUUCUGCUGCUCAGCCACAUUCAGGUUUCUGAUACACUUGAACUUGAUGAUUUAAUAGAGGAAGUAUUUCUAGACUCUGGGUUUCUGUUUGACUUGGUCUUUUAAAUAUUACCGUUUAUACCUACAAUGAUUGCUUUCCUGUUUGUUUGGAAAUGUAUGCAACUUUCCAACUCUGUGGUGUGUUUCAUGCAGAUGUACCUUUAUUGCUACAGCUUCCCAGCUAAUGUUUCUGGCACUUCAACAAGGAUGUUGGUGUUUCAUUUGUCAGUGAUGAUCAAGCUUUUCGUCCAGUUGGAUGCAUCUAUUUGUCCUGAGAAGUGUGACUGCUCUUCAAAAAAAGCAAUUUAUUGCUCUGGCCCCCACAUAAAAGACCUGGAAUUGUUAAAUCUGCCUUGCAACAUGACAGAAAUUCACAUAACAAAGGCUAACAUAUCAUACUUGCAGGAUGUCUUUGCUAGGAUGGUGGACUUACAGCAUCUCAUCCUGUCUUCAAACAACAUCGCUCUGGUUUCACCAACGGCUUUUAAAGGCCUGGGAAGGCUAAAAGUCCUCAAACUGCUAGAUAAUAAGCUGGUUGAACUCCCCCCAGAAGCAUUUGAUGACAUGGUGCAGCUUCAGCAACUGAUCAUUGAAAGCAACAGGUUGAAAUCUGUGGAGGAAAAUCUGUUUGACAAACUGGCUAGUUUGCAGGAGCUUUACUUGAACAAAAACCAACUAACAGCACUUCCCAGUGGCGUGAUGAAGAAACUUGCCAGACUCAGAGUACUGAACUUGUCAAGAAAUUACUUAGCAGCACUGCCUAGAAAUAUAUUUAGUGCAUUAGCCAGGCUUGAGAGGCUGAUGCUGUAUAUUAAUAGGCUGUCUUCAAUAGAAUCUGGUAUGUUUGAUAGCCUGAAGGAGCUGCAGGAGCUUUUCCUGCAUUCCAAUAAUAUCCAUUCCAUUGCCCCCGAUGCAUUUCAUUGUCUUCAUAAACUGAGAACCCUGACACUCUCCAGAAACAGGCUUCAGGUUUUGCCUUCUGGGCUUUUUCUGCAUUUGCAUGACCUGUCUAAACUGACCUUGUACAGAAACCCACUGAAGUCUCUUCCAGAAGUAUUGUUUGGAGAGAUGAGGCAUCUUGGUAGCCUAUGGCUGUAUCACACAAAGCUCUCAACAAUACCAGAUUUUGUGUUCAGUAACUUGACAAAUUUAGAGCUUCUUGUGCUGAGUUUUAACCCAGAGCUUACGGUUCUUCCUAGGAAUGCAUUCAGUGGCCUGAAUGAACUCAGGGGCCUUUCUCUCCAUACAAGUAACAUUUCCAGUUUGCCAGAGGGAAUCUUUCUGAGCCUUCAGAAACUGCAGAACAUUUCCCUCUAUGAUACAAGGCUUGAAGUUCUUCCUAGAAAUCUCUUUCAUAAUCUCAAGCACCUCCAGAAAGUUUACCUGAAUAGUACUAACCUGCAGUCUCUUCCUGCAGACUUCUUCACUGCUUUACCUGAGCUGGAAGAAGUUGUCCUUGAUGACAACCCUUGGAAAUGUGAUUGCCAAAUUCUUGGCUUCCGAGAAUGGCUCCUAAAGAGCACAGCAAUAGUUAAAAAUGUGCCAUCUCUAAUGUGCCACAGCCCAAUGGCACUGCAGAAUAUUUCUCUUGUGUCUCUAAGCAUCGAUGACACAGAAUGCCCGCCAACCACAGCUAUGACAUAUCAAACAUCCAGCUCAACUCAUUCCCAGACUUUGACAUCCCCUGUGAUGGAGCACUUCACAUCAUCUUGGGACACUGCUGUAACAGUGCUGUCCAACGUGGAAAUCAUCAGCACACCCAUGUCAACUCCUCCUGCAGCUUCAGGUUUUACAUACUCCCAUGUCGAAGAUGUUGGACAACCUGGGUUACAUUUCUCAGAUGUUGCAGUCCAAACUUCUCCCAGCAUCAUAGCACAAACCAGCAGUGGCAGAGGGACAGAUUUAACUACUCUUGUCUGGUGGGAUGAAUUUCCAGCCCACAGCAGUGCUAAACCCUAUUUUAAAACCAGAGUUACUUAUUGCCAGCUAUUCUUGUGCGUUCACAGUUUGAUUUUAACACUCCAGACUGUAGUCAUUGUGCUCAGUCUGUAUGUGGUGGGUAACACCAGGCAACUCUUGCACUCUAGAAAUAUUCCUGCUCAGCCUGUAGUUCUGAUAAGAAUACUAAGAAGGUAGAGAAAACUAGCCCAAGAAAGAACUGGAAGUGCUGCUUUGGAUGCUUUUUGGACAUUUGAGCAGUUAAUACUCAAUUCAGAUCUGGAUUACAAAUCUUCAUAGUAAAGACCAUAAGGACCUUGUCUUUCUAACAUAAUGGAAAUGGGUUUUAUGCACCUUGCAGCAUUUUCCUAAAGUGGCUGUAAUCACUGUAAAUUGCUACAGCACUUGGUGCACGAAGCCAGAGGGCAAGAUGAAAGUAUCUCUGGUCACCUCUACAUCUGUACUGUGGGUUUCCUGCCUUGGAGUGCAGCCCUGUCCCAGGCAGGGGCUGCUGCCUGCUGGGUGUUCACUGCUCAGAUGGAGUGCCACCAAUGUAGGAACUCUUAAAGAGGAACAUCGCUUCAACUGUGCUUGAGAGAUCGUACAAAGUACUCCAGUGCUAUUAUGUCCUGUACUGCCUGCAGUCCUCUGUCUCCUUACUGAGAGGACAAGUGGUAUUUUUGGAAGGAGAUGCUGGGAAGGACCUUUAAUCUGGGGAUGUAGGCAGAAUGGUGUGGUGCAUGUGUCUUAACUUUUGCAUUCUGUUCUCAGCCCCUUCCCAGGACAUGGCACAAAGAAGGAGUACCAGUUAAAUCAGAGGAAGAUGCUGAGCUAGGAAGUAUAAUCUUGAUGUAUUUCAUUGUUUGCUUGGAGGAUUUUUGGAAACUUUGUAAAGUUCCUAAUCUGAAUUUUAAGUAAACACUUUCAUCCUUAAUCUCUGGCCAGUGGUCUGAAAAAACAAGAUGUUCCUGACUGCAUGAUGCAGAGAAUCUUGAAACCAGAGUACCAGGUG